AUGCUGAAGGGAAAGAAGGCCAAGGGGAAGAAGGUGGCCCUGGCUUCCACUGUGGUGAAGAAGCAGGAGGCCAAGAAGGUGGUCAACCCCCUUUUCGAGAAAAGGCCCAAGAAUUUUGGCAUUGGACAGGUUAUCCAACUCAAAAGGGUCCUCACCUGCUUCGUCAAAUGGCCCCGCUACAUCCAGCUGCAGCAGCAAAGGGCUAUUCUCUAUAAGCGGCUGAAAGUGCUUCCUGCAAUUAACCAACUCACCCAGGCCUUGGACCGACAAACAGCUACUCAACUACUUAAGCUGACCCACAAGUACAGUCCAGAGACGAAGCAAGAGACAAAGCAGAGGUUGCUGGCCCAAGAGGAGAAGAAAACUGCCAGCAAACUGCCCACCAAGAGGCCACCUGUCCUUCGCGCAGGGGUCAACACUGUCACCACCUUGGUGGAGAACAAGAAUGCUCAGCUGGUGGUAACUGCGCAUGACAUGGUCCUCCUGUGCUCAAAGAUGGGGGUUCCCUACUGCAUCAUCAAGGGGAAGGCCCGGCUGGAGCGCCUGAUCCACAGGAAGACCUGCACCACUGUGGCCUUCACACAAGUCAACUCGGAGGACAAGAGUGCCCUGGCUAAGCUGGUGGAAGCCAUCAGGACCAAUUACAACGACAGAUAUGAUGAGAUCCACCGUCAGUGGGGAGGCAAUGUCUUGGAGCCAAAGUCAGUGGCUCUCAUCACCAAGCUGGAAGAGGCGAAGGCCAAAGAGCUGGCCACCAAACUGGGCUGA